AUGAGCAGCACGUUAGCCGAAACCCCACUCAACGCGUGGCACCGCGAGCAUGGUGGGCGAAUGGUCGACUUCGGCGGCUGGUCGAUGCCUGUGCAAUACACGUCGAUUGUCGACGAGCACCACGCCACCCGAGGGGCCGCCGGGCUGUUCGAUAUCUCGCACAUGGGCCGCCUGCACUUCGAAGGAACCGAUUCCGCCGCGUUCGUCGAUUCGAUUGUGACUCGGCGGACCGACAACUUGAAGCCGGGCCAGGCGCGUUAUGCGAUGGUGACCAACGAGCAGGGGGGGAUCCUCGACGAUGUGCUCGUGUAUCACCUGGUCGAUGGCGAAGGUGUUUCGUACCGGAUGAUGGUCGUCAAUGCGGGCAAUCGCGAGAAGAUCGACGAUUGGAUCGGGCAGCAUCUGGCCAAGUUCGAGGGCGACGUUACGUUCAACGAUGCGACGCACGAUUGGGCGAUGAUCGCGCUGCAGGGGCCGCUCUCGCCAGAGCUGCUGGCCCCGCUGACCGAUACCGACUUGGACGCGAUGCGGUAUUACACCAUCACCGAGACGACCAUCGCCGGGCACGAAGGCAAGGUAAGCCGCACGGGCUACACGGGUGAGCUGGGUUUUGAAAUCAUUCUGGCUGCCGGGGCUGCCACCGGACUGUGGGAACAACUGCUGGCCGCGGGCAAGGAUCGGGGCGUGGUUCCUUGUGGAUUGGGCAGCCGCGACACGUUGCGGUUCGAAGCGGGGAUGCCGCUGUACGGGCAUGAGCUGAGCGAGACGAUCAACCCGUUUCAGGCCGGUUUGCAGUUCGGCGUGGAUUUGGAGAAGCGGGACUAUCCCGGUAGGGCCGCGUUGAUUGAGGCCUCGCAGCGGACCGAUUUGCCGGUACGCGUGGGGUUGGAGUUGGACUCGCAGCGGAUCGCUCGCGAGGGGGCCGAAAUCUUUGCCGGCGAUACCUCGGUGGGCACGGUGACCAGCGGUACAUUCGCCCCCACGCUCGAGAAGACCAUCGCCAUGGGGUAUGUCGUGCCCGAACAUGCGAGCGAUGGCUCAUCACUUGAAAUUGAUAUUCGCGGUCGCCGGGUUCCGGCACGCGUCGAAGCCUGCGUCGUGAAUCCUGAAGAACUUCUGUAUGCAACCACUCACGAGUGGGUGAAGGUAGACAACGACGAGAGUGGCGCUAAAGUAGCCACGGUGGGCAUUUCGGCCUUCGCCGUCGAAGCGCUGACCGACUUGGUGUUCAUGGAACUGCCCGAGGUGGGUCGUCAAGUGACCGCCGGUGAUUCGUUUGGCGAAAUUGAAUCGGUCAAAGCGGUUAGCGACAUUUACGCCCCCGUAACGGGCGAAGUGGUGGCCGUAAACGAAGGCUUGCCGGAUAAUCUACAGAAGCUUUCCGACGAUCCGUUCGGCGAAGGUUGGGUGGCCAAAAUCAAAGUCAGCGACGAGGCUUCGCUGGCCCAACUGGCCGACUACGCUGCCUAUCAAAAGCAGUGUGCUGAAGAGGAUCAUUGA